UGCAUGUAUUCCAAUAUGAGGUCAUCAUCUUUGUGUGCUGCUUUUUCUGAGAUGGCUUUGCCUCCUUCUUCCUUUCGUGCUCACAGAGUUUGUCCCCUUCUCUCUGCUUCCUCCGUGUUUCUUGUUAAGUUGAGCUCGACCUUUGCUUGUCAGUGAUCCUGCUCUCGCCUUCACGCAGCUCACCCCAAUCCCCUCGGCUGCCUCAUCGGUGCAGGGGGGCACCGCCCCUCGCAAACGGAAAGCUCCCCCGCCGCCCCGCUCACCGCUCCAGGUACCGUUCAGGCAGAAACCUCUCCCGCUGUGUCGGAGCCGUGCUUUGUUGUCAUCUAACGGACCUCACUCUAUUUUUGUACCCUUUUUCUGGAGGAAAUCAUCGAAACUCCUGAUCAAAUUCAUUUCAAUUGACUGUAUAUGAGAACUGGAGCGAGUGAGUGUGAUGUCAUCCAUACAAAAUGGUUUACUUCCAGCUCCGAUUAAAUGAAGUCAAUUCAAACCCUAUUUUUACAACAUCAAGCCACCACGUUGAAGCCAGAUGUCAUCAAAAAGCAGGGAUUGGUCCGAGUCGAUCUGAUUCCACGUUUCUAUGGCAACCACUCAGGUCAAUCAGGAGUGAGCUUGUUGGACCGCCACGUAAAAGUUGUUUAUUGCUUUGUAGAAGUCUAUGGGAUUUUGGCUUCUUGGAACCAGCAGGUACUUCCUGUUUGGAACGCCAGGGGGGAGGGGCCACUCAGUUCAGUUCUUAUAGUCAGUGGGGUCUCCUUUUUUUCUUUAUUUAAGCAUUCACUAUUUUUUUUUUUUUUUACACGCUUCAUAAUCCUGCAGGUCCCUGGUUUGCAGCCUUCUCCAAAACCUUGGAGUCCCGCUCCAACGGGGAAGUCUCCUGAACCCCAGAAGUCUCCCUCCCCCUCAGAAAUGCAGCAGUCAGCCCAGGUGGAGGACGAAGAGGUGUUUGAGGAAAUCCGCCGGCUGCGUCUGGAGAGAGGCCGUCUGCUUCAGAAGAUCAAAGCCUUGGAGCAGCAGCAGCAGAGCGCCCUCUCCGCCUUGGAGGAGCUGUCCCAGCUGAAGCAGCGUCUAGAGGAGGCGGAGUCAGAGAGGGACAGGCUGCUGGAGGAGCUGAAGGGGGGGCAUGUGAUUGGAGCAAGUGACUCUGAGGACAUGGAUGAAAUGUUUGACUUCCCCGAAAAGCUUCUCUCCAAGCGCUCCAGAGCCUCGCUGGCUGAGGAUGACGCAGACCCGGAAACCGUCACUGAGCUCCGCAGACGAAUCGAGGAGCUCACGUCCCAGAACUCUGAACUUGUGCUUAAAGUGCAGGCAAGCAGCCCUAAAACGAUGCACACAAUGUGUUGUACAGUCAAUUCAACACACAGCUCCCUGGAGCUCAUUAAUGUAAAAGCAUCGUGGGUAAAGUGAUUACCAAAUGGGUCUGUGGCAGAGGUCCUGUUUCAGGGGGAAGCCAAGUGAUCCGACUGGAGCAUUAGCAACGACCUCUUCAGUGUUAAAGUGCUGAACUGAUGCACUUAGCUAAUUGUGUUCACACUGGUAUAAAUACAGCCGACUGUCACCAAAUGCAGAUGUAGAUUUGUCUGCAGCUGGGAGCCAAUGUGGCUUCAUCAGGUCAAAGCUGAGAGCUUGACUUCUCCUUAAAAGGUCUAGCAGAAACAUCAGACUGUACCAAAACCUCCACGAGGGGUGUCAAUGCGUCAGAAUGGAUGAUUCUGCUUUUAUCCAGGACAGUCUUGUUCCAUUCUGGGAGAACUUCCAAUAAUGCUUUAAAGACGUCAUGCCGUUAUAAAGCAAAACAAAUAAAAAAAUCUGUGUUGUUUUCGAAAACAAGGUUUCUG